CUCGGCCUCGCAGUCGUCCCCUUCCUCCCUUACAUCUUCGACGAACCCGUCGGCGAAGCAGUAGAAUGGUCCUUCCGCACCGCCCUCCGCGCCUACGCAGGCGAGGACGCCGUCCGCCACCUCCCCGUCCCGACCUCGCUCGCUCACCCCACCACCACCGAACAUAAAGACGCAGACGCAGACGCAGACGCACCUUCCCUAUCGCACUACCUUAAGACCCAGGCGGAGAAGAACUCGUCCACGACGCUCGGAGCCGACGCGUCCGUCGCAGCGAGCGCGAGUCUCUCCUGGGAGGAAUACAAGGCCGAGCGGCAGAAGGCGAAGGAGGAGCGCAGGCGGGAGCGCGAGGCGAAGGGCCAGAUUGGACCGCUCGCUUGGUUGGGGUUCGGGCCAGGGUCGAGCUCGAAGAGUAAAACGGAGUAA